AUGUCUGCUGAGUAUCUCAACAAAGGAACCGAGCUUUAUACUGUUCCAAAAUGUCUUUUAGAUCCAUCUUUAAAUCCUACGCCUUACAUUAAUUCUAUCGAACAAUAUAAAAAGCUUUAUGAUGAAAGUAAUAAAAAUCCUAGAGUUUUGGAAAAAAGUAAAAUUGCUAAAGAAUCUCUUACUUGGGUUACGCCUUUCCAAACUGUUCUAUCUGGAGGUUUCGAACAUGGUGACAUUGCUUGGUUCCAUGAAGGUCAAUUAAACGCUUCUUACAAUUGUUUAGAUAGACAUGCUCUUAAAAAUCCUGAUAAGGUUGCCAUAAUUUAUGAAGCUGAUGAACCCGGUCAAGAUCGAAAAAUUACAUUUGGUGAACUUUUACGUGAUGUUUGUCGUCUCGCCAAUGCGUUGAAAGCUCAUGGAGUAAGAAAAGUACACUCUGUAGUCUUUGCUGGUUUCUCUGCUGAAUCUUUACGUGAUCGAAUUCAAGAUGCAUCUAGUAGAUUUGUCAUCACUGCUGAUGAAGGCCGUCGUGGGGGCAAAACUACUAUUAUAAAAAAUAUCGUAGAUAAUGCUUUAAAAGAAUGUCCUACCGUUAAACGCGUUUUUGUUUUCCGUCGUACUGGCUCAAAAAUUCCGUUCAUUACUCCUCGUGAUGUAUGGUGGCACGAAGAAAUUGAAAAAUAUCGACCUUAUUGUCCUCCAGAAAUUGUCAAUGCAGAGGAUCCUCUAUUUUUGCUUUACACUUCCGGAUCAACUGGCAAACCAAAGGGAAUUCUUCACACUACAGCUGGUUAUUUAUUAGGUACAGUAACUACAUUCAAAUAUGUCUUUGAUUAUCAUGAUGGAGAUAUCUUUGGUUGUAUGUCAACACCUUUUUAUCCUACACCAAAGCGGUAUUGGGAGGUUGUUGCCAAGCAUAAGAUUACGCACUUUUAUACAGCACCGACAGCAAUUCGUUUAUUGCGUAGAUUUGGCCGUGAACAUAUUGAUUGUCAUGAUCUUUCAAGUUUAAGAAUUAUUGGAUCAGUUG